GGGAAUAGACAAAUAACUGCAGUUUGUCUCUGUGUUGUGUAAAAAUUCAUUCCCAAUAGAUUUAGCCCUGUUUUGAAAUACUUAGAACGCAUUCAACGUUCAAACAAGCCAUCUAAUGAAAUUGAUUUAACAGAAGAGAACAUGGCUCGCUAGACAAUGCACUAGAGUACGAUCUUGGAGGAGUUAUCGAUCGAACGCGAUUUAUUUCACGGUAAGUCCUAUUGUGACCGCAGCUGUAUUGUUUUCCUUAACUGCUAGCUGAUUGGCCAAACUAGUAACUCAUUUCGUGGCUACGCGAGCCACCAACUACCACGUAGAAUAUUGAUCAGCCAAACACCAUGAAGUUUAUUUCAAUAUAGUAUUACAGGAGCCUAUUACAGCACCUUUUGUCAUACAACAGGAUAUCCGAAGUAAAUCGAACCCACCCUGCCUUCUUGAGUUUUUAAUUUUAGAUUACUGCAAAUGAAAGCGUAUUCCUUUCCCGAGUAGUUAGCUUUUUAAAAACUUUCAGGAAAAUGAGACCUACUAUAUGGAGAACUCGUUGUAAUACAAUUGAAGUCGUUGCCAAUGUGUAGCUGGCGACUUUCUGUUGAUUCGCAUUUCGUUCAUCCUUGAAAAUGUCACCUACUUCCUAGCGUCUAAACAAUACAACACUCACUUGUCCUCUUUCGCAAUGCUUUUCGUGCCUUUCGUGUCUGCAUGUAGUCGCUGAUACAAUGCGUACUAGGCUCAGCGAAAUGUCAACCUUUUCAAGAUAUCUUAACAACCGUCUAAAGAAUCCUUGUUACUGUUCAUGUUAUCAGUAUGAAACUUUGCUUCUGAGUUGCUGAUCGUCUUCAAACAGAUUGAAGCUUACAGCGUUUGAGUUGGUGACUCAUUAAAUUAUAACUAAUGUCACAUUAUACCCGAUCAUCCUCUUUCGAAUGUGUAGUCGAUAAAAUAGGUUUUAUUAAGUUGACCGAAAUGCCACCUCCUUCAAAAUGUCUUAACAAAGGUCAAAGGAUUCAGUUUAAUUCUUUGUUUUACCAGUACACGAUGUUGCCUCUGGGUUGAUGACCGUCUUCAAACAGCUCGAUGCGUGCAGGGUUUGAGUUAGUUAAAAAUUAUACAUCGAUAAUAUCAUACUGUUCCCUAUUACCCUCGAAGUUUACAUGGGCUGAGUUAGUGAACCAUGACCAUGACAGUCAUAUAACAGUUAGUCGUCCACUUUCGCAAUGCAUCUUCUGUGGUAACGAAAACAAUCUGCUCAACGAAAUUUCAACAUUUUCAAGAUUUCUUUACAACUGUCUAAAGAAUCCUUUUUAAUCUUCAUUUUGAUAGUGUACUACUUUGCUUCUGCCUUCAAACAGCUCAAAGCUUACAGCGUUUGAGUUGGUGAGUCAUUACAGCAUUAGUAAUGUCACAUUACACUCGGUUGUCCUCUUUCGGGUCUGUGGUCAAUGAAAUGGUUCGCAUUUAGCUAAUCGAAAUGAUUCAGUCUAGUUCCAUAUUUCACAAGUCGGCAAUGUUGCCUCAAGGUUGAUAAUCGUCUUCAAACAGCUCGAAGCGUACAGGAUUUGAGUCAGAUGAUAAUUAUACAUCGAUAAUAUCAUACUGUUCUCGUUUGCCCUCUUUUGCAAUGCUUUGCGAAUCUGUGGUCGAUACAUCAAUUUCCAUUAAGGUUAUCGAAGCGCAACAUACUUUAAGAUCUCUUAACAAACGUCGAAUAAUUCAGUUUGAUUCUUCAUUUCAACAGUGGGCAAUGUUGCCCCUCAUUGCCGAUCCUCUCAAGGAGCUCGAAGCAGUUUAGAUGGUUCGAGUUAGUAAAUUAUGACUAAUUUCAUACUACACUCAGUUGUCCUCUUUCUAAACGCUUUACGAGGCUUUGUCGAUUAAAUAAUUGGCAUUUAGUUCAUCAAAAUUUCACGUACGUCACAAACAUCUUAAGUAUCAUCUAACUCUUCCGUUGGUAUACACUUUUCCAACUGAGUUACAGAUCGCUCUUUAGGAGUUCGAACUUCCUUCCUUCAUUUUAUUGGAUUUUUUUUGUCAUUAAGAGACUUUAGACCGAACUUGCCUGCCCCAUUCUUACGAUCCGAAGGGUUUUUGUCUAGUUUUGUGUUCAUUUGUUUUUGUAUGUGUGUGGGGGGAUGUGUUUGUUUGUUUGCUUUUUUAAAUAGCAAAGUUAAAGUAAACGAGCAAGUUCCUUAAGAAACUGUGGUGCUGGGGUGGGGGGGCUCACAAGAAAGUUUGGUUUUAUCAACUGAGUCGAUAAUGUAAGUUGGUCACCGUUUCUAAGACUAUUUUCUAAAGCUGACGUUUCGAGGUGAAGCCGUUCGUCAGUCUUCAUGGUCGUCCAAGGAUUUUUUUUCCACCCCAGUUAUGUUAGCAAAAAAGAUUAUUUUGACGGGGUAUUUAAGCAAAAUGGGCGAAGGCUUCCCAUGCAAGCGAAUCACCAUUUCGCCAAAGCGUAUCCUCAGUGUGAGGUACUUAACAAGAGUAAUUCAUUUUGUUCCCGUUCGUUUCGAAUACGUAAGCCGCACAACAAGGAGUCAUUAUUAGAGAUACGGAAAUUCCCUCAUACGGAUGGGUUUUUUCUCUUUUAAGAUGACCGUCUUCUUAAAAUUUGCGAAACAAUUCUUUCUUUAGUUUGUUGCCGUUUUUGGCAAAAGACAGAUGCCAGUUGUUCCUCGUGGUUUAUGUGCAUCCUUUACGGUAGAUGACGUGUAUUCUCAUUACUAAAGUACUGAAGCCUCUCACUGACGCUUAUGGUCCAAGCUGUAAAGUCAGUUAAUUCAUCAACAGGUGGUCAUUCGAGUUUUCCGAGGGUGCGGAAGCCUAUUUGAUUAUCCAUUUCGUUGUACCGAUUUACCUUUCUGUAAGAUCAUUUCUAAUUAAGAAAUUUUACGUUCCAUUGUUGGCAUUUACGGGUACUGCAACACCAUCUAAAAGUCUACCACCCCACCAAGUCCCACGGUUCUGGCCUUUGGUAGAUGUUAUCAGAGUGUAAUGUACAUCCGGCCCUAACAUCUUCAAUUAUAACUUCUGCAAUAAGGGUCUAAAAGUGAAAGUCCGUGAGGCCUACGCGAUAUCAUGAUGGGUUAGGGUUGAGGUUAGGGUUAGGAUUAAGGUUGGGUGAUAUGGUUAGGAUUAGGGUCAUAAUAUUAUGAUUUUUGUUUUUGUUGUUUUGCAAAAUGUUGCACGAUGUUGUAAGAUCCACUUCUAGUUUCAUUAUUUUCAAGACAAAAAUUUUAACGAACCCAAUGUAUCGCGUAGGUGGCUUAUCCGUUCCCCGUAGGAAAUGGCGGCUCGGAAUGUAGAACGUAGGCCUACGGGCCCAUCGGCCGGCUACGCCAUUGGCCACGAAGGGAAUCAAAUGUGUAUAGUCCUGCACAGGUGUAUAUACCUCUGUUUAGCUGCGUAUAGCUCUGCAUAGCCAAGUAAAGAUCUUGACUCUAUUCAACCGUAGACGUUUGUUGCGAUUUAUAACUACAUUUAAAAUAGUGAAUGAUAUUAACUUUCUAAAGCAACUUGAAGACAAACUUAUAAAACGAUCUAGUAUUCGCUCUCACUCUUUGAGAGAUGACUCUUUACUGAAUGUUCCUAAUGCUAAGUCGGGUUUUCGGAAUCCGCUGCUGUAAGAGACUGGAACUCUCUACCUAGGGAUAUCAGAACUAUAACAAAUCUCAGCACCUUUAAAAGUAAACUAUUUGAAUCUUUAUUACAAGAGGAUCACGAUCAACAUAAAUGCUCUUUGGCUUAACUAACUAGUUGAAUUAUUAUUAUUUUUUUCAUUAAUACAAUGUUCAUAACAAAUAUGUUAUAUAUACUUUAAGGACUAUGUUAUAAUUUAUUUAUUCUUAUAAUUUCUUAUUUUUACUAUUUUGUAUCAUGAUAUUUUUAGACCUUUUUUAUGUAUUUAUUAUUAUUUUAUUACAUACAGAUUUUAUACCGUAUAUAUACACAUGGGUUAAUACCAGAUAGUCUUUUUAGUCUAUCUGAUCCACUAUUUUGCAUUUCAAAUAAAGGUAUUGUAUUGUAUUGUAUAGCUGUGUAUAGCCCUGUAUAGCUAUGUAUAGCCCUGUAUAGGUGUGUUGAGCUCUGUUUAGUUGCGUAUAGCUCUGUAUAGCUAUGUAUAGCCCUUUAUAUAUGUGUAUAGCUCUGUUUAUCUGUGAAUAGUCCUGUAUUGCUGUGUAUAACCUUGUAUAGCUAUGUAUAGCCCUGUAAAGCCGUGUAUAGCUGUGUAUAGCCUUGUAUAGCUGUUUUUAGCUCUGUCUAGCUGUGUAUAACCCUGUAUAGCUGUGUAUUGCCCUGUAUAGCUGUGUAUUGUCCUGUUCAGCCAUGUAUAGCUGGGUAUCGCCCUGUAUAGCUGUGCAUAGCCUUGUAUAGCUGUGCUUAGUUCUGUAUAGCUGUGUAUAGCCCUGUAUAGCCGUGUAUAGCUGUGUAUAUCUCUUUAUAGUUGUGCAUAGCUCUGUAUAGGUGUGUAUAACCCUGCACAGGUGUGUAUAGCUCUGUUUAGCUGCAUAUAGCUGUGUAUAGCUGCAUAUAGUCCUGUAUAUGUGUGUAUACCUCUGUUUAUCUGUGUAUAGCUCUGUAUUGCUGUGUAAAGCCCUGUAUAGCUGUCUAUAUCCCUGUGCAGCCGUGUAUAACUGUGUAUAGCCUUUCAUAGCUGUGUAUGACCCUGUAUAUCUAUGUAUAGCCCUGUAAAGCCGUGCAUAGCUGGGUAUAGCCCCGUAUAGCUGUGUUUAGCUCUUUUUAGCUGUGUAUAGCCCUGUAUAGCUGUGUAUUGCCCUGUAUAGCUGUGUAUUGCCCUGUAUAGUUGUGUAUUGCCCUGUACAGCCAUGUAUAGCUGGGUAUAGCACUGUAUAGCUGUGCAUAGCCUUGUAUAGCUGUGCUUAGCUCUGUAUAGCUGUGUAUAGCCCUGUAUAGCCAUGUAUAGCUGUGUAUAUCUCUUUAUAGUUGUGCAUAGCUCUGUAUAGGUGUGAAUAGCCUUGCACAGGUAUGUAUAGCUCUCUCUAGCUGGGUAUGGCUGUGUAUAGCCCUGUAUAACCCUGUAUAGGUGUGUAUACCUCUGUUUAUCUGUGUAUAGCUCUGUAUUGCUGUGUGUAGCCCUCCCUGUACAGCCGUGUAUAGCUGUGUAUAGACCUUUAUAGCUGUGUAUAACCCUGUAUAUCAAUGUAUAGCCCUGUAAAGCCGUGCAUAGCUGGGUAUAGCCCUGUAUAGCUGUGUAUAGCCUUGUAUAACUGGGUUCAGCUCUGUCUAGCUGUGUAUAACCUUUAUAGCUACGUAUUGCCCUGUAUAGCUGGGUAUAUCUCUGUAUAACUGUGUAAAGUUCUGUUUAGCUGUGUAUAGCCGUUUAUAGCUGCAUAUAUUUCUGUGUAGAUGUGUAUAGCUCUGUUUAGCUGCGUAUAGCUCUGUAUAGCUAUGUUUAGCCCUGUAUAGCUAUGUUUAGCCCUGUAUAGCUAUGUAUAGUUCUGUAUAGGUGUAUAUAGCUCUGUUUAGCCGUAUAUAGCCCUGUAUAGCUUUGUAUAGCCCUGUAUAGCUAUGAAUAGCCCUGUAUAGGUGUGUAGAGCUCUGUUUAUCUUUGUAUAGCUUUGUAUUGCUGUGUAUAGCCCUGUAUAGCUGUGUAUAGCCUUGUAUAGGUGUGUACAGCCUUGUAUAGCUGUGUUUAGCUGUGUAUAGCUGUUUAUUGCCCUGUAUAGCUGUGUAUAUCUCUGUGUGGCUGUGUAUAGCUCUGUAUAGUUUUUUAUAGCCCUUUAUAGCCUUGUAUAGCUGUUUAUAUUUCUUUAUAGCUGUUUACAGCUUUGUAUAGUUGUGUAUAGCUCUGUAUUGGUCUUUAUAGCUGUGUAUUGCCUUAUACGGCCCUGUAUAGCUGUCUAUAGCUCUGUUUAAAGGGGUAAGUUUCUAAAGAAACUGUGGUGCUGCGUCGGUGGGAGAGUAUAGCAGGUAAUUUAGUGUUAACAACUGGGUUGAAAACGUAAAUUAGCCACCGUAAAGGGUAAAAAAGCUGACGUUUCGAGCGUUAGCCCUUCGUUGGAGCGAUUAGAGGAAUUGUGGGUUGUGUGUGGAUUUAUACGUAGAAAGUGGAGCUACGCCAUUGGUGGGAAUAUGGUGACGAGAAAACAGGAAUAAAUUAGUUGAAUGAAAAGCGCUCGUUGAUUCUGUGGGGAUUAAGGGUGCCGAUUUGGAAUAUAAAUUUUUGUUCUAGUGUUUUACGGCUUUCCGAACUGCCUAGAUGUAAGGAAAGGCCGCAAACUGCCAUAUGCUGUUUAGAAUGAUUAGGAAGAUUAAAGUGUCUAGGGACUGGUUUGGAUGCGUCCUUGUCAUUUCUUUCCACAUCGCGAAGGUGUUCUCGGAAUCGGUCACCCAGUCGUCUUCCUGUUUCGCCGAUGUAUAACUUAUUGCAAUAAGUGCAAGUUAUGCAGUAAAUAACAUUGGCGGAGGUACACGUAAAGUGAUCAAUGAUCUUAAUAGAUCUUUUGGGUCCCGAUAUUUUCUCUACGUUAUGAAUGAAAGCGCAAGUUUUGCAUCGUGAGCGGGCGCAUUUAAAAGUUCCAGAUUGGUCAUUGGUUUGAAAUGAACUCCUGACUAAAAAGUUGCCUAUGUUUUUGUCACGUUUGAAUGAAAUAAGUGGGGGUUGCGAAAAGAUAGCGCCAGUCUCUGAAUUUAAAAUUUUUAAGAAUGAUAGAUUUAACUGCGUGGUUGUGAGGGUGAAAUGUAAGAGUAAAUGGAAUGCGGUCAGUGUUCUCCUUCUCGGCCGUUUGUAGUACUGCCUGUCGAUCGAUUUGUUGGGCACGGUGGUAGCCCGCUUGAACGACAGAAACGGGAUAGCCGCGUUUAUCGAAAAACUGGCACAUUGCCUCUGAUUUUUCGGAAAAAUCAGAGUCGUCACCACAUAAACGACGAAGUCUGAGAAACUGUGAAAAAGGUAUGGAGUUCUUGACGUGUGAUGGAUGUGAGGAUGAAUACAACAAGUAACUAUGUGAAUCUGUAGGUUUGUAGUAAACACUAGUACAUAAGCCGUUGCCUUCAAUUGAAAUUUUGAUGUCUAGAAAAGUCAAAGAAGUGUCGGAAAUUUCCCAGGUAUAUUUAAGAGCCGGAUGAAAGGAAUUGACGGCGGUUAUAAAUUGAGCGAGCUCCUCUUUGGUAGAGGAGGUAGCGCCGAUGCAAUCGUCAAUGUAGCGGCCGUAGAGUUGAGGUUUUGGGCCGUGGUAUUGGCUAAAAAAUUGAUGUUCGAUAAAACCUACAAAAAGAUUGGCGUAGCUGGGUCCCAUUUUAGUACCCAUGGCCACGCCACGCCACGCCACGCCACGCCACGCCAUUAUUCCUGUUUUCUCGUCACCAUAUUCCCACCAGUGGCGUAGCUCCACUUUCUACAUAUAAAUCCACACACAACCCACAAUUCCUCUAAUCGCUCCGACGGAGGGCUAACGCUCGAAACGUCAGCUUUUUUACCCUUUACGGUGGCUAAUUUACGUUUUCAACCUAGUUGUUAACACUAAAUUACCUGCUACAGCUCUGUUUCGCUGUGUAUAGCUGUAUAUAGCUGUUUAUAGCCCUGUAUCGCUGUUUAUAGCUCUGUAUUGCGCUGUAUAGCUGUGUAUGGUUGUAUGUGUGUGGUAUUACAUGUAAAGUAUAGGACAUUAUAUUUAUGUAAAGUACUGAACAUAAUAUGUAUUGUGGACAUAGUGAUUACCCAUACAUGACGUACCUGCCUGACUAAUGUCGAUUGAUAUUCCCACAAUUCAUCAAGGUAGUUGUCAUAGAACUGAAAAUGGCGACCAACAUGUGUCGACGUCUUGGUAGAGGUCUCUUUUGUCACUCUUUGUCAAGGGGACGGCACACACGCCUUGUUUGCUCUUUACCACGAAUAAUCUUUGCUUCUAACAAACACCUGCAGAGUACAUUUCCUGGGAGUAACUCCUUUGAAAAAAUGCGACCUGCUCUUGUGGGUGUUCGCAUGUUCGCUGACGCAGGAACGGCAUUGACAAGAGACGAAAUUCAGACACGGGCGAUGGAUGUUUUAAAACUUUUUGACAAAGUGAAUCCUGAAAAGGUGAAUAUUUUGCAUUUUAUUGAAAUUAUGUCGGUUUGAUCUUACAGAAGUAUUUUCGCCAAGAGCAACUUGAAAAUUGAUUUGGAAGCGCGUACCUUUAGUCCAUUUCCUGAUUAUUGGACUAAAAGAUGGUAAUGUUAUUUACUUACCAGUUUUAACCCUUUCAGAUAUGGUGGACCCUCAAGGGCUAAAUUUUCAAAAAUAUUUGACAUGUCAAACUGAGCAUUGAAAUGUUAAUGACAUUUUCCAAGAAAAAUUGUUGUGAAAUAUUGAAAGGAACUCAUUUUAUCGUCAAGAACUUAUUUUUUGAAUUGAAUUGUUUAGCAUGCUAAAGAAUGACUAGCCAAGUAUAACAUGCCACCAUAAAUGCCACGGCAAUUAUGUUUUCAUGACAAAAAAUCUUGUAUGUAGUUCUUGAAUUUCAAUUGCGUUAGCAUUUCCUGAUUGCAUAUGGUGAUCUUCGUCACCUGUCUGUGCUCAAAACUAGGUAGUGUAUGGGGAGAGAUAAGAAGGUGAAGAGGGUCAAGGUAAUGGUGAAAAAGGAGCCUGGCUGUAAGUGAAAUAUACCGGAAUGGCAAAAAAAUUUACUAAAUUUAUUUAAGAAUUGUGGAGGGAGCAAUUUUUGCUGCUCACACCCAACCAGCAACCUUUAACGUAUUCUGUCAUUGCUUGCUUAAGCCACUUUUGAGUUAGAAUAACAAAAAACAAAAAAACAAAAAAAAAAACAAGGGAAAGAAAAAAUUGAAAUCUAAAUUGCUGGCUAGCAAAUUGAACAGAGGCCUGUCACAGACAAAAUUUGUUUCUGCUGAGAGUCUCCUGGGCCUCCACAGAAUGCCUCUGUGUUUCUGUUGGUGGUUGUUAUUUCCAGUGGUAUGGGUGUUGACAUAGCUUGACAUGUGAUCAUCCUUAGUUGUAUUAUGUGGGCAACACUUUGAAAGGAAAAAAAAUCUUACUUCCUUUUUUAACUCUAUUUUUUUGCCGUUUUCUUUUGUACAGGUUUCGAGUAAGAGUCACUUUGUCAACGAUCUUGGUUUGGACAGUUUGGAUGUAGUGGAGAUUGUCAUGGCACUGGAAGAUGAAUUUGGUGAGAAAUUUUGCUUUAAUAACAAAUAUAGCAUGAAAAGAGCCCUAGUAUCCUUGCAGGCUUUCAUUAUUGGAGCCAGACCCCUUCUAAACCUCUCCUAAACUUGUCUCAAAUCUUCCAGCUGGGGAAGAGAUGUGCAUCAUGCAGCACUAAUAAUGAGGAACUGCUGGCAGGCUAGUGUUCAACAGUAGUAGAAAUUGGUUUCAUUGUGCAUCACUGAGCUAAGAAACCCCUUAAAGUAGUUUUUUAUGAUCUGUAAUUAAGAAAACAAAAAUGUGUUGUGGGUACAGUGUGAAAUCCUAGGAUGUGGACAAGCUACUUUUGCUGUUAUUAAAGUAAAAAGUUGACAUAGCUUGAUAGUUUUUGACCUCUUGACCACACAAGUUAACUUUAGACAGUUUGUGAGAAAAUUGCUUCUGUGAAAAAUGUUAACUAGUGAUCAUUGUGUAAGAUUCUGAUUAUGGCAGUGUUUGACUGAUUCACCAGAAGAUGAUUGUAGUCUGACUACUGAGUACUUAAAUUGGACAAUUAAUUUUUUGCAUUAUUCUCUUUAGGUAUUGAAAUUUCUGAUGAAGAGGCUGAAAAGGUUUUCACUGUAGAAGAUGCCGUAGAGUUCAUAUCCAAGGCACUAGAUAUACAUUAACACGAGCAAGGUACUCAGCCAAGCCCAGCACUCAGAUGUAAAUGGAUUUCACUGUCUACUGAAACUGACUGCUUUUCCUGUGAAUUGUCUUUUGUUUUGUUCAUUGUUGUGUUUGAAGCAACUUAAAGUAAACCACCUUUUUAAUGAUAAUUUCUAUAUUACAGUAUUCUACCAAAUGGAGAGGAGAUCGGAUGACUAUGUGCUUUGUGAAAUUACAUUGGAGGCUUCCCACCUCUAUUGCUUCUCAUUUGUUUUAAUUUGAGUUGUUUGGUGUUCUAUAGGCUCUCAGUUUGAUUGGUAAAUCAAGUUUUAUGUAUGCUGCUCAGUAAAUAAACUUGAGUAAUUUCUUGUCAUUUCAUUGUCUAUUCAAUAGUGGUGGAAGGGUAAAUGAAAAUUAUGAGAAGGGGA